AUGUUUAUACUAAACUUUGAAGAUCUAGCACUACUUCUGGCAAGAAAGGCCAACAAAACACUACAUCAGAGGUUGACACGAGCUGCCUUCCAUUCAGAGAGGUCAAAAAUGAAGCCAAGCUUUUUGAACUCCUCCAAUGAGUCCGACCUCAUGAGAUACAGAACCAUCAGCCAGAUACCCCAGUUUACCCUCAACUUCGUGGAGUUCAACUUAGAAAAGCAUCGAUCAGCUUCCACCACAGAGAUUGAGAUUGUGGCUCCUAGUAAUGCCUUUGAGAGAACACAGAAUGUCACAGAGAAGGUGACCCAGGUACUUUCCCUGGGGGCAGACGUAUUGCCAGAAUACAAGCUGCAGGCACCGCGGAUUCACCGAUGGACCAUCCUCCAUUACAGCCCUUUCAAAGCCGUGUGGGACUGGUUAAUUCUGCUGCUGGUCAUCUACACCGCUAUAUUUACCCCAUAUUCAGCAGCAUUUUUGCUGAACGAUCAGGAGGAGGAGAAAACCUGGGAGUGUGGCUACUCCUGCAACCCUCUUAACAUUGUGGACCUAAUAGUGGACAUUAUGUUCAUUAUAGACAUUGUCAUCAAUUUCCGCACAACUUAUGUCAACAUUAAUGAUGAGGUGGUUAGCCACCCGGGCAAAAUUGCUAUCCAUUACUUCAAAGGCUGGUUCCUUAUAGAUAUGGUGGCAGCCAUCCCUUUUGAUCUGCUUAUCUACAGGACAGGUUCAGAUGAGACAACCACUUUGAUUGGCCUAUUGAAGACAGCUCGGUUGCUACGUUUGGUUCGAGUUGCCAGAAAACUGGAUCGAUAUUCUGAAUACGGUGCAGCUGUAUUAUUCCUCCUAAUGUGCACCUUUGCCCUUAUAGCUCACUGGCUGGCCUGCAUCUGGUAUGCCAUUGGCAACGUGGAGCGGCCCUACAUGGAACAUAAGAUUGGCUGGCUGGAUAACUUAGCCAUUCAGAUCGGAAAGACUUACAAUGACACAGAUUCAAACUCGGGGCCCUCCAUCAAGGACAAGUAUGUGACAGCACUGUACUUCACCUUUAGCAGCCUGACCAGUGUUGGAUUUGGUAAUGUCUCCCCAAACACCAACUCAGAGAAGGUCUUCUCCAUUUGUGUCAUGCUGAUUGGAUCUUUAAUGUAUGCCAGCAUUUUUGGCAAUGUGUCUGCCAUAAUCCAGCGUCUGUACUCCGGCACUGCGCGUUACCACACUCAGAUGCUGCGUGUCAAGGAGUUCAUCCGCUUCCAUCAAAUCCCCAACCCACUAAGGCAGCGCCUUGAAGAGUAUUUCCAGCAUGCCUGGUCCUACACCAAUGGCAUUGACAUGAAUGCGGUGCUGAAAGGAUUCCCAGAGUGCCUCCAAGCAGACAUAUGCCUGCACCUCAACCGCACACUGCUUCAAAACUGCAAAGCCUUCCGUGGUGCCACCAAAGGAUGCUUGCGAGCCCUGGCCAUGAAGUUCAAGACUACGCAUGCCCCACCAGGGGACACACUGGUUCAUUAUGGAGAUGUGCUCACUACUCUCUAUUUCAUCUCUCGUGGGUCAAUUGAAAUUCUCAGGGAUGACAUUGUGGUGGCUAUUUUGGGAAAAAACGAUAUAUUUGGAGAGCCCAUCAGCUUGUAUGCACGUCCUGGAAAGUCCAAUGCUGAUGUGAGGGCUCUGACUUAUUGUGACCUUCAUAAGAUUCAGAGAGAAGAUCUGUUGGAGGUGCUAGACAUGUACCCAACCUUCACGGACAGCUUCUGGAGCAACUUGGAGAUUACCUUCAACCUGAGAGAUGCAGACAGUAUUCCACGUUCUCCUAUAAGCGAGGAGUACAACUGCAACUACCGUAGGACACGGAGAUGCAAACAACAAGGAAGACGUAGGAAGAAACAUGAUGGUCUUGAGGAUCUGAAUUCUGAUGCUGAGCAGUAUCACACUUACUCUGAAAAGAGCAACAUCCAGCGGCCAUUGAGCCGGGAACAGUGGGAUGAUUUGGCCAGCAGCACUACUCCUUGUUCCCAAACCAGUGAUGAUGAAACCAAACCACUAAACUCAGGUUGCAUGGAUAGGCUGGCUUCCACAGAAAAGCAGGAGUUCAUCCCAGCAGUGGUCAAUUUGGUGACAGCCAACAUCAGCAAUCGAGAGGGGGGUCGGAAGAUGCUGGAGACAGUGGAGACAUAUUCAGGUGACUGA